AUGGCGUGCUCUUUCGGACUUCCCAGUCGCCAGUUGCCAGGGCCGAGGCUGCCAUGGCUCUUUCGAAAUGAAGGGUCCCGUCCAGAUGUGCAUUUUUGCCCAUGCCUCGUAUGCACCUGUCCUGUCAAGGGCACACGGAGGCCGGCGUUUGUGUGCAACACGGAGCCUUGGCCACGGGGCGCUCAAACACCUCGUCCACGAGAUGCUUAUCUGCGGGACAAUGGAGGAGGAGAAAAGGUCUGCGGACAGGUUUCUUCUGACGCCCACACAAACGGCAUGACAUACUGUACAAGAUGCUAUCAAGCAGUGUCUUCGAUGUCCUCCAACCUUGAUGGGAUCUCGCCCUGUUUCCCCUUCAGACUCGCCUCUCAUCCAAUCACAUCUACUCUUCAUUCCACCUCAAUUACCCAAGCCCCUUAA